AUGGACGUGGACGUGGACGCGCCUGCAGAAACACCACCUUCUCCCAAUGUGACCCAACACGCGCCUGAGUAUGCUCUCCCAACAACAUAUUUCUACUCGGUCGAGUAUCCAGGCUAUGUCCGCCCUACUUCCGUACCCCGCGCCAUUCACACAAUGGGCGGGCAGUCGAGCCUGAACGCAGCCUUUAGACGAAAUGCCUCAAAGAACGACGGCCUCCUUGAGCUCAACAUGAGGCCAGAAAAUCCUUUCGCGCAUCCCAUUCCAGGUGACGUCAUUCCCACGAACAAUAUCUUGCUGAAAGUGGUGAAGCGGAAACGACGGAGGCUCAAUCCCGAGACUGGAGAAAAUGAGCUGGUUGGAGAAUACACGGCAGAGCCUGUCGGGGUGAUUCAGAAGACAGCCAGAUUUCGCAGUAUGGCGGACUAUCAGUUCCAACCGGACAUGAAUGAUCCUGUUACGAAACUACGCAUGGCUAUGAGUAACAUGGACGUCGAUGCCAUUCGCCAAUAUACUAUACCGGAGGAGAGAGAAGAUUAUGUUGUUGCAAAGGACCCGACGGCCAUGGAAAUCGACCCUGAAUUGACAGGCGGAGCACCGCAAGCUACCAAGAGCAACCUUCGUCUAUUCCCACCCCCGCUGUUCAGCCGCCAAAGUAUCCCGCAGAACUAUAGCUUCAAAAGCAAUCCCAUGUCGGUAGUCACCACCAUCAUCGACGAAGAGACCGGCGAUGAGAAAAAGCGACUCAUCAACAAGAUGCGCUGGAAAGGGUUUGGCCCUGCCUCCAUAAUGUUUUCAGAGAAAGAAGUACCAACGAAGCCGCCACCAAAUUGUGAGGAGCUCCGUGACCAGUUCGAUCAAGGCCUUCUCAAAGACCUUGAAAAGCUUUUCAAAGAAAGGCCAAUAUGGACUCGCGCAGCGCUUUUGAAUCAGUUCACUCCUGCCCAAGCUCGAGAGAUUCACAACUCGAAGGUACUGUUGCCUUUGUCGUGUUACGUUUUUCAGGACGGUCCUUGGCGGGACACUCUCGUACGCUUUGGGUACGAACCUCGGGAAGAUAAGGGAGCAAGAUUGUUUCAACGUUUGUACUUUCGAAAUCUCAAUCAUGCUAUAGCUCGACCCUCUGUUGUCACACGGCGGCAAGAGAGUCGAUAUUCGAUCACCUCAACACAUAUUUUCGACGGUGUAACAGUAACCACAGAGACAGCCGCGUUUCAGUUAUGUGACAUAGAAGAUGCUUUGCUCAAAGACAUGAUCGAAGACGAAGAGGUAGUCCGGGACACGUGCAAUGAGCGAGACGGGUGGUAUACGACGCACCAACUCGAGCGCAUCAAAGCUGUUUUGCGCCUCAAAUUUUUCUCGCUGCUGGAAGGUCAUGUCGUCACUGACGAAGAAUGCAAAAAGGUGCUCGCUACACCAGAGGGAUUGCACACGGUAAAACGUACCGUCGGCGCUAGCAGACUGAGGCCAGGUAAACAUAAUAUGGCAAAGGGCGCUUUACCUGCGGAUCAUGCAGCGGCCAUCGCACGUGCCAGCCAAGACAAGAAUGCGAAGCCUCAGCAGGAUCAAGGAUAG